UUCCAAAUCCCCAGCCACCAACAACCUAAAACCCUAAACCCUAACAAAUGUCUUCUUCCAUUUCCCUGCGCCUCGCCCGCCACCUCUCAACCACCGCCACGUCAUCAACAUCCAGCACAACAAUCUCAAUCUCCAAAGCAAAAUCCAAGCUCAAAUCCGAACACGAUCCAGACAAAGCCUUAAAAAUCUACUCUUCCGUUUCUAACCAUUACACUUCCCCUUUAUCCUCACGUUAUGCUCAAGAAUACACUGUCAAACGUCUCGCUAAAUCCCAUCGUUUCUCUGAUAUCGAAGCUUUCCUCGAAUCUCACAAAAAUGACAAGAAAAUUACCCAAGAACCCUUUUUGUCAUCCAUUAUUCGUUCUUAUGGAUUAGCUGGAAUGUUUGAUCAGGCACUUAAAACUUACAUUCAAAUGGAUGAUUUAGGUACCCCCAGAUCAGCAAAUUCGUUCAAUGUCCUUCUUUCAGCUUGUGUUAACUCCAAAAAAUAUGAUUGUGUCCACCAACUGUUCGAUGAAAUGCCUAAGAGGCAUGGGUUUUUACCUGAUAAAGUUUCGUAUGGGGUGUUGAUUAGGUCGUAUUGUGAAAUGGGGAAACCUGAAUUGGCGAUCGAGAAACUUAAGGAGAUGGAAGAGAAAGGUGUUGAGAUUACGGUUGUGAUUUUCACGACGAUAUUGCAUUCGUUGUAUAAGGGUGGACAGAGUGAUGAAGCGCAGAGGAUUUGGAAUGAAAUGGUGAAACGAGGUUGUGGGCCCGAUGUUGGUGCGUAUAAUGUAAAGAUUAUGAAUAUUCAGGGUGGUGAUCCUGAGGGAGUUAAGGGUUUAAUUGAGGAAAUGAGCAAUGUGGGGUUAAAGCCAGACACGAUUAGUUAUAAUUAUUUGAUGUCUUGUUAUUGUAGGAAUGGGAUGAUGGAUAAAGCUGAGAAAGUUUAUGAGGAUUUGGAGACGAAUGGGUGUAAUCCAAAUGCUUCGACUUUUAGAACUUUGAUAUUCUAUUUGUGUAAGAAUGAACAGUUUGAGACGGGGUUUAAGGUAUUUAAAGAAAGUGUGAGAGCAAACAAGAUUCCGGAUGUUAAUACUCUUAAGUAUUUGGUGCAUGGUUUGGUGAAGAGUUCAAAGGUGAAAGAUGCAAAAGAGAUGAUUAGGACAAUGAAGAAGAAGUUCCCUCCUAAUGUCGUGAAAGUUUGGACCAAGUUAGAAGACGAGCUUGGUUUGGGUAAAGUUGAAGUCGGUGAUAUCAAGUCUAGUGAGACUGAUGUUGUUUAGUAAUGAAUUUUGUUCGAGAUAGCUGUGGAAGCAUUGUAGACAGCUUCAUAACUGUUGAGGGACUUUACAUUAGUGAAUUUUUUUUGUUUGUCAUAAAGAUGUGAGUUAGCACUCGGCGCUAACAUUUUCGAUGCCAUUUAUUUUUGAAAGCUAAUAUAGAUCUUUACAUGAAGUUUUGCAGUGCCUUUUAAAGAUCUGCAAAUGUUCAAUUUUAUGGUCUAAAUUUUCUGUUGCUUCAUUGCUUUUUCCCUUCUCUCCGUCAAGUCAUCUGAAUAGUCAUAUAAUGUCCAUAUCUUUUUUUUUUACCUGAUAAAAAAAAAAGUCCAUAUUGGUAAGAAUUUAAUUCAUAACUUUGGUUGAUAGCGUAAUGCUAAGGUUUCCUCUCUAUAAUGCUGCUUAUCGAAUGAGUUCAAAGGUUUUGGCAGAUAUUUCUUUAACUCAUUAAUAUUAUACUUUCUGGACAGGAUACAGCUAGCAUUCGGAGGAAACAUGAUUCUGGUAAAUCAUAUUUGUUAGAAACAAAAAUAUUCUACAUAGACAAUUCAAAGGGCGUAAUCAUAAUUUUCACAUAAAAAAGGUUUGUUUCGUAAUGAUUUUUAUUCGAGAUAUCUGUGGAAGCAUUGUAGACAGCUUUAUAAGUGUUGAGGGACUUAACAUGAUUGGAUUUUUUUGUCUGUCAUAAAGAUGUGAGUUAGCACUUGGUGCUAACAGUUUCGAUGCCAUUUAUUUUUGAAAGCUAAUAUACAUCUUUGCAUGAA